AUGUCUAUCAACCUGCUAAAGGAAUGUAUCAAGAAUGGCAAGCCCAUUGCGUUUCCUGAGGGCGAAGAUAUAUCGACGGCCAAGGUGCUUAUUCUGGACGGCCAGGAAAUCUCUUUGGACGAUGAAACCGGGUUUGUUAGCGGAGACAAGGUCAACCAUGUCUUGCGUACCGUUUACCAAUGUUGGCUGCACCGUGAAUCGAACACGACCGAGUAUAUUGCCGACUGCGAGGCGAAGAAUAUACCUGUUGUGAGCUUUUUGGAGAGAACAGAGCUGAUCUCGUACUUGAACGGAUCGUCUAAAACAUGUGCCUAUUUACAAGGGGCGGUGCCCGAAGCGCAGGCCGGCGGCGAAAAACGGACCUCUACGGAGGACCAGGGCGCCGCCAAGAAGAAGCGGGAGAUAGACCCGUUUUUGCGCGAAGUUCUGAACAACGAACGCAAUCUGAUCGACCAUAAUAGGGCUCUGCAGGGCACGAAGCCUGUGGAUUUUUCGAGCGUUGCCAAAGAGUGCGAGUAUAAAAUUAUCCGCGCAGCAAAACACAAGACGAAGGCCAAGGGGAAGGUUCCCGAAAAGAGCACGGCGUCUGCGGGGAAGAACAAGGAGCCUAUCAUUAUUUUGUCGCCGUCUGCGUCUGCUAUUUUGAACAUGAGCAACGUCAAGGAGUUCCUCCAGGACGGAAGAUUCACGAACGCUGCCGACGCAGGACACACGACAAGCAACAUGUUGCAGAUUGUGCGCAAUUCGAAGCGGUUUGAUAAGCGAAUGAAGUUCUUGGUGGUGAACAACGUGGAGAAGUUUUUCACAAAGCCAGAGUACUGGGACCGGGUGGUUGCAGUUUUCACGACAGGCCAGGAGUGGCAGUUCAAAAACUACAAGUACAACCAGCCAAGUCUGCUGUUCCAGAAGGUGAAGGGAUUCUAUCUGUAUUACAACGGAGACCCAAUUCCGGACAAGAUCCAGCAGUGGAACGUGCAGCCGAUAGGCAUUGAGCGGACGCAGCGAUUCAAGGACCGGCAGACCAGCGAGUUUCUGUGGGAGAGCCUGGAGCGGUUUAUGGCAGGCAAGGGCUACAGAUGAUAGAGCUACAUUUUAUGUCGUCAUUUCGAUACAUUGGUACAAACCUAUUCGCCUGGCAGAUUAAUGGUAUCGAGCCAAGUAUGGCACAAGAGGUAAAAAAACUGUGAAUCCUGCGAAUUCGUAGCUUAGACCUGGGACAUGGUUGGCACCCCUGUUCUAGCUGGCUUGCGGGAGGGAGUUCCCAAGAAGCCGUUCUUGAGGAUGGAAAGGGAGGAAAUCACCAGAGAGAACAGGAAGACGAAGAAGGAGAAGUAGAGGAAGGCAACGGAUGCCUGAGCCUUUCUACAUCUGUCCUUGGAGCCCUGUGUCACGGUGUUGCUAUCCAAGUAGCUCUGGUUGGUGCAAGAGUGGCAUCUGAUGGCGACGGCCAAGGCGGUAGCACCGGCAAAGGUGAAAACGAAAUUGAGGAAGUCCCAGAUGGCGAGGAACAAUGGCGAGCUCAAGAAGGAGAUGAAGAACGCCAACACGCCGUAGAAAGUGGAGGUGAGGAUUCCGAAAGCGGCAGCAAAGACGCAAAAGUUGACCUGUGGGUUGCCGUGGUCAGCUGUAGCGGCAAGCGAGCCCGUCAAACCGAGGACAAUGACGAGGAACACAAAGUUCACAGUUCUGAGAGAGAUGUCACCGUAUGAAAGCAUUGAAUUGAUGAGCAAUUGGGAAAAAUUCUAAAUUUUCUUUAUUAAAAGUGAAGGACUGAAAUUCUUAGCUGUAUUAUAUAUAGUCCCACAAAUACAAACAAAUAGGCAGCG